UGGCCCCGCCCCGCAGCCAAUCCCGGCGCCUGCCCGCCUCCGAGGCAGCUUCCCCUGCUCGGUGAACCGGCUUGCUGGAGUCCCGGAGGAGCCCAGUCCUGAGAACCUCGGGGACAGAGUGGGGGCUGAGCCUUGAAAUUCCUCCAAAGGUGGAGGACCGCCCUCCCCGCUCAGUCCCAGCCUCCCUCCGCGUGGCCUCCUCCCCCAGCACCAAGUCCACCUCUGUCUGGCUCCUACCCGGCGCGACCCGAUCAAGUUAAAUGGCUGAUAAGCAGAUCAGCCUGCCAGCCAAGCUCAUCAAUGGUGGCAUCGCUGGGUUGAUCGGGGUCACCUGCGUGUUCCCCAUCGACCUGGCUAAGACGAGGCUGCAGAACCAGCAGAACGGCCAGCGCAUGUACACCAGCAUGUCCGACUGUCUCAUCAAGACCAUCCGCUCCGAGGGCUACUUCGGCAUGUACCGGGGAGCCGCCGUGAACCUGACCCUUGUCACCCCUGAGAAGGCCAUCAAGCUGGCAGCCAACGACUUCUUCCGCCAUCAGCUCUCUAAGGAUGGGCAGAAGCUGACCCUGCCUAAGGAGAUGCUUGCUGGCUGCGGGGCUGGCACCUGCCAGGUGAUCGUGACCACCCCCAUGGAGAUGCUGAAGAUCCAGCUGCAGGACGCAGGCCGCAUCGCCGCCCAGAGGAAGAUCCUGGCUGCCCAGGGGGGCGCCCAGGCCUCCGCGGAGGCUCCAGCUGCUCCCCGGCCCACGGCCACCCAGCUGACCAGGGACCUGCUGCGCAGCCGGGGCAUUGCUGGCCUCUACAAGGGCCUCGGGGCCACGCUUCUCAGGGACGUGCCCUUCUCCAUCGUCUACUUCCCGCUCUUCGCCAACCUGAACCAGCUGGGCCGCCCAGCGUCCGAGGAGAAGUCGCCCUUCUACGUGUCCUUCCUGGCCGGCUGCGUGGCCGGGAGUGCAGCUGCUGUGGCCGUCAACCCCUGUGACGUGGUGAAGACGCGGCUCCAGUCGCUGCAGCGCGGCGUCAACGAGGACACCUACUCGGGGUUUCUGGACUGCGCCAGGAAGAUCCUGCGGCACGAGGGGCCCCUGGCCUUCCUGAAGGGUGCCUACUGCCGCGCCCUGGUCAUCGCCCCACUCUUCGGCAUCGCGCAGGUGGUCUACUUCCUGGGCAUCGCGGAGUCCCUGCUGGGGCUGCUGCAGGGCCCCCGGGCCUGAGCCUGCGCCUGCGCCUGCUCCGCCCCAGCCAACCGGGCAGGGCCAGCGUGGGGCGGGGCAGGGCGGCCAGCCCAGGACUUAGCGAGGCAAGACCUCCCCAGCCCUCCGCCCUCGCAGCGGAGGGGCCACAGGGUCCAUGUGGGUGGUGUGCACACAGGCCCCCCCCAACUUCCCCCCGGGGUCUUGCUUCCACCAGUGGGAUCAAUGUCUUAUUUAUGUAGAAAAUGCAGAAACCUUUACAUUCCUCGAGCCAGCCCCUGCCGCAUUCCUGCCUGGGCCUGAGCACCCCCAGAGACAGAGCUGGUCUCUGGGCUGGGGGCCCUAGGGCCUGGGCUGGGCAGGCUGCACCCUACCCCCAAGUCCACCAGCUCCUGUCCCCGAGGCUGUCCUGGGGACCCCGCACAAACCUAUUUAUUGAUUCUGUGAGCCCAAGUGGCUGUCCAGUCCUUCCGUCCGUCCUCACAGCCACUCUUCCCAUGCAGGACCCGACCGCCCCCCGCCCCGGCCAGCCUCGCAGGAGACCUGGGGUCUCCUGCCCCCGUGUUGACCGAGGCUCGCACAGAUGUGUGAGUCCGUGUGCGUGCGUGUCACAGGGAGCGGGGUGUGCCCUCCAGCCCUCCGCUGGCCCCGCCCCCUGGGAUGGGGCUGCGGGGGCUCUGCCCUCCCCACGUGGUGGCCGCUGUGCUGUGCCCAUGCGCUGGGUCACCCCAGGCUCUCUGCUGACCCCGUCCAGGAACGUAUUUCUCCAGUCUGGCCCCCCUUGCUGCACCUUCUGAGACUUUUCUGAGGCCCCCACCCCUUGUCUGGGGCGGGCCGGGGGGAAGGGCAGGUAUAGGGACCAAUAUGGAGUCUGGGGGCACCUGCCCUGCUGGGGGGGGGCAGGAACUUCCCCCAGUCCCCACCCUAGUCUCUGAGCCUCUGCGUGAGGCCCCUGACCACAGUCCAAAGCUCCGUCCUACCAGCGCCCCCAGCUCUCCUCACCCCGCCCUGGCCAUGUGAUUGUGUUGGUGGCUGAUCUUGACGUGCUGGUGCUGUGUCUCCGAAACGGGGCGCCCACGGAGGCCCCUUCCCAGUGACACUACCUGGGGCUCAGGCCUGGGCCCCCAGUUCACGGUUGUUCCUGGGAGCUGCCCCUCCCGUCACAUCUGAACCUUGGAAGCUGCUGCUCUGCUUACAGAAUUAUAUUUUUUUCUUUUGAAGAGUUUUAAGAGUUGUAAUUUUUUGUGUCUUGUCAUGUAAGAGGAUUAAUAAAUAUUCUAAGUAGA